UCCCCUUAAUUUAUUUCUUCUUUCUCACAUUAUUUAUAUAUCUCUUCUCUUCUUUUUACUUUCAUUCAACAACAACAAAAACCACAACGUUACUAAACACAAUAUUAACUCUUUUGGGCUGCCGGCCGGAGACAUGUUCAAGUCGGAGAUGACGGUGUCGGCUCGACUCAAACGGCGGCGACACCGCGGAAAUUGCCAGAGCUUGUCUUCCGUCUCAGUUCCGGCAAGUCGGGUCGACCAUUUCGAGGAUCUAGUUAGACCCGGAGGUUUGUCCGAGUUGGCUAAGUACGAGAUCUCCUCUACGGAAUUUCGAAUUAAUAUGAUGUGUUCGCCCCUAGUAGAGGUGAUGGCGAACUCCAUGGUCGAGGGAGAGAUUUCGAGAAAGAGAAAAGGCAAGAACAAGGAAACAAAAUCGAAAGUGAGAAAUGAUAAUAAUAAUAAUAAUGUUGACAGGGAGGAUGGGAAAAGAACAGAGAAGAAAAUGAAAGAGAAAGUUGAAGAAGAUGAAGAUGAAUCAAAGAUUACAGAGGAAACAGAGAGAUGGAAAAAACAUAAUUCAAAAGCUUUAGAAGAAGUUCAAAAAUCAGAAUAUGUUCAUGUCAGAGCACGUCGAGGCCAAGCCACAGACAGCCAUAGUCUUGCAGAAAGAGCAAGGAGAGAAAAGAUAAGUGAAAGAAUGAAGUAUUUGCAGAAUUUGGUCCCUGGGUGUAACAAAAUUGCUGGAAAAGCUGGAAUGCUUGAUGAAAUUAUUAAUUAUGUUCAAUCUCUUCAGCAACAAGUUGAGUUCUUAUCAAGGAAGGUGGCUGCUCUAAAUCAUAGAGUUGAUUUUAUCAAUGUAGAUGACCUCUUGGCCAAACAGGAAAAUUUACAGGUGUUUCCAACGAUAACAGCUGAUUGUUCAUCCUACUUUAAUCAACUUGGAAUGGGCUCAAGCUCUCUAACAGUCCCACAAACUCCAUUGAUCAAUAACAACCUAUCUUCAAUUACUCAUUUUGAACUUUCUUCAACUUGGGGAGGUGAUUUACAGAGGUUUGAAGAAUUAGGAGGGCCGCCAUUGUUGUCGCCAUCAAGCUUUUUAUCGCAACAAUGUUCAGGCAUUGAAGAUGAAAAUGAAACAUUAUUUAUGGACCACAAAGUUGUUCCAUUUUAACGUUUAAUUAUUAUUGCAGAUAUUCAAAAUAAAAAAAAAAAAUAAUAAUAAAUAAUGUCUUAUGAUGGAAAUUCACUAAAUUGUAGGUUGGUGUUACUAUUGAAUAUAUUCAAUUUCAUAUGGAUUUGGUAUUUUUCAAUA